GAUAAUAAUGAUAACAAUGAUAAUAAUGAUAAUAAUGAUAAUAAUGGUAAUAAUGAUAAUAAUGGUAAUAAUGAUAAUAAUGAUAAUAAUGUUAAUAAUGAUAACAAUGAUAAUAAUGAUAACAAUGAUAAUAAUGAUAACAAUGAUAAUAAUGAUAACAAUGAUAAUAAUGAUAACAAUGAUAAUAAUGGUAAUAAUGAUAAUAAUGGUAAUAAUGAUAAUAAUGGUAAUAAUGAUAAUAAUGGUAAUAAUGAUAAUAAUGGUAAUAAUGAUAAUAAUGGUAAUAAUGAUAAUAAUGGUAAUAAUGAUAAUAAUGGUAAUAAUGAUAAUAAUGGUAAUAAUGAUAAUAAUGGUAAUAAUGAUAAUAAUGGUAAUAAUGAUAAUAAUGGUAAUAAUGAUAACAAUGACAAUAAUGAUAACAAUGACAAUAAUGAUAACAAUGAUAAUAAUGAUAAUAAUGAUAAUAAUGGUAAUAAUGAUAAUAAUGAUAAUAAUGAUAAUAAUGAUAAUAAUGAUAAUAAUGAUAAUAAUGAUAAUAAUGAUAAUAAUGAUAAUAAUGAUAAUAAUGAUAAUAAUGAUAAUAAUGAUAAUAAUGAUAAUAAUGAUAAUAAUGAUAAUAAUGAUAAUAAUGAUAAUAAUGAUAAUAAUGAUAAUAAUGAUAAUAAUGAUAAUAAUGAUAAUAAUGAUGCUUUCACGUACUUAUCAACCAACUAA